CUGCUGAGGGGCAGUGAAAAGCGCCUUGGUUAAAAGCCGCGAAAAUGAGCAUUUUGUUUGGGACAGGAGGUGGCAGAUAUGAUUCCUACAUUGCCUGAGAAAAUGCUCGAUCCAAAUGUGUGUAUCAAAAAACCUUUCGAUUUUGGUUAUCCUGUAUUGUGUGGCUCUUUGGGAUGGAAACAAGGUGAUGAAGAAGGAAAAUGGGCUCAGAAAGCUAUCGAGACUUUGAUCAAAAAAUUGAAAAAACGCAAGGGUGUUUUGGAAAGACUUCAGCAUGCUUUACUACAUCCAAAUGAGCCCAGUGAGUGUGUAACUAUUCCUCGAUCUCUUGAUGGACGAAUACAGGUUUCUCACCGAAAAGGGUUUCCGCAUGUCAUUUAUUGUAGGGUUUGGCGAUGGCCUGAUCUCCAGAGUCAUCAUGAAUUAAGACCUGUGGAAAACUGCAAACUGCCGUUUAGUUCCAAGGAGACUGAGGUGUGCAUUAACCCAUACCACUACACUCGAGUUGACUACCCUGUAUUACCUCCUGUCUUAGUACCGCGUCAUAAUGAAUAUCCAACAAUUGAUUCUACCAAAAAAGAACCUACAACAGGUGACCAACCAUGUGACUCUCAGUGUUAUUCAGAAUUUCAUGCUGUGAAUUAUCAAGAACCAAAAUAUUGGUGCAGUAUUGCAUACUACGAGUUAAAUUCACGCAUUGGUGAAGCUUACUUUGCCAGCAUACCGAGUAUCAUUGUUGAUGGAUUCACUAAUCCUGGUCGAGAUAGUGGUCGAUUCUCUUUAGGCUUUCUAUCAAAUAUAAACAGGAGUUUAGCUGUUGAAAAUGCCCGGAAACAAAUUGGAAAGGGCGUUCACUUGUUUACAUUUGGUGGUGAUGUAUACGCUGAAUGCUUAUCAGAUUGUAGUAUUUUUAUUCAAUCACGUGAAUGCAAUGAACGACAUCAUUUUCAUCCAACAACUGUGAUUAAAAUACCUCCUGGUGGUUGUUUACGCAUAUUUUCUAAUCGUCAAUUCGCUCAUAUACUCAGUUAUACUAUUCAACGUGGUGUUGAAGCCACCUAUGAUCUUGUACGUAUGUGUACUAUACGUAUGAGUUUUGUGAAAGGUUGGGGUGCUGAAUAUCAUCGACAGGAUAUAACAUCAACACCGUGUUGGAUUGAAAUCCAUCUGCGUGGACCAUUUCUAUGGCUUGAUCGUGUUCUACGUCAAAUGGGUCCAAGUCGAAGUCCUAUUUCAUCAGUUUCCUAACAAUAUUGUUAUCUCCGACAACAGUUUUAUUACAUAUAAAUUUCAUUUUGGUUCAUAUACACAUUUCUUUCUUGCAUAAAUGUUGUGAUCUCAUUCAUUAAGUGUGUGAUUGUAUUCAUCAGAAUUAUUAACUCAUUCGUCAUUCUGUGAUUAUUUUAAGCCUACAGUGUGAGUGAUUUAAUUCACUUGUAUUGUCACUUAUUAUACCCUUGAGUAUCUCGUUUGUUUUUGCUCUAUAUAUUUACUACUACUAUUACUACUACUUUACUAUAACUAUAAUGGUUAUGAUUAUUAUUGUUGUUAUUGUUAUUCAUUUGAGCAAUGAAAGCUUU